GCUGACGGACUGCGUGCACCGCUGGACUGCGUGCCGUCCAGGUCCUGCCUGCUCGCAGGGCGCGGGAGCCGGGCACGUGGGCAUCCGAUGCUCCCCAGAGCCGGACUGGCAGAGCGAUGGACUUGCACAGGCUAAGAUGGAAGUGACCUGAGGCCUCGGCCAGGCGGGUCCCUCGCGAAGGACAGCUUGAGAGUCGGCGCACGGGCUUGUCUGGGGAGCAGUAUGCAGGAAGCUGGCUUUCAGGCCACAAAUGCUUUCACAGAGUGCAAAUUCACCUGCACCAGCGGUAAAUGCUUGUAUCUUGGUUCGCUGGUCUGUAACCAACAGAACGACUGUGGGGACAACAGUGAUGAAGAAAACUGUCUCCUGGUGACUGAGCAUCCACCUCCCGGCAUCUUCAACUCGGAACUGGAGUUUGCCCAGGUCAUCAUCAUUGUCGUGGUGGUCACGGUGAUGGUCGUGGUCAUCGUCUGCCUGCUGAAUCACUACAAAGUCUCCACGAGAUCCUUCAUCAACCGCCCAAGCCAGAGCAGGAGGCAGGAGGACGGGCUGCAGCCGGAAGGGUGCCUGUGGCCUUCAGACAGCACCGUGCCACGGCCGGGGACCUCGGAGAUCAUGUAUGCCCCGCGGGCCAGGGACAGGUUCACUGCCCCGGCCUUUAUCCAGAGGGAUCGGUUCAGCCGCUUCCAGCCCACUUACCCAUAUGUGCAGCACGAGAUCGACCUCCCUCCCACCAUCUCCCUGUCCGACGGUGAAGAGCCGCCUCCUUACCAGGGGCCCUGCACCCUGCAGCUCCGGGACCCUGAACAGCAGCUGGAACUCAACCGGGAGUCCGUGAGGGCCCCUCCCAACCGAACCAUAUUUGACAGUGAUUUGAUAGACAUCUCCAUGUACAACGGGGGCCCGUGCCCGCCGAGCAGCAACUCGGGCAUCAGUGCAACCACGUGCAGCAGUCACGGGAGGCUAGAGGGGCCGCCCCCGCCCUACAGCGAGGUGGUGGGCCGCUGCCCAGGCGCCUCUUUCUUCCAUCACCAGCACGGCAGCAACACGCACAGGGGCAGCAGACUGCAGUUUGUGCAGAACAACCCAGAGAGCACAGUAGUACCCACCAAAGGCAAGGAUAGGAAGCCCGGGAACCUGGUCUGAUCGCUUCCAACGGUGCACUUGACUCGAGGAGAAAGACACCGAGGCAGGAGGAGGCCGCGCUGGGCCCCUCCUGUGCACAGUGUUGUUCAGUUUUACGUGGUACAACUAAGUAAAACCAAAUGUGCAAACACAGUCUUUGUUUCUGAGUCCUUUCAGGGGAAUUGCAUGUAAACUACACUGAAAUAAUACAAACUUCCAUCCGGUUUGACCGCGAACAGUGUUUAUUUGGGGGCGGGGGUUGGGGCGGGAAUGGUUUUGGCACAGGGUGGGCAGGGGGGAAAAGUGAGAAAGGGAUGCUGUGAAGAGAGGGUGAAAUUGAACCUGCAGAGGCAUUUGAAUGAUUUAAUUCUGAAAGGAGACUGCGGAUGAGUGAGGCCACAGUGGCCGGUUUUAUAAUUCAUGGAAUCAAAAAGGAAGCAUUAUUAUAUAUUAUCGGGAGGAAGAAUCAGCCAGUCUGCUUUUUCCUCCAAGGUGUGGAACUUUUCUUUUGUUUUAAGAGUAUGAGUCAAAAUUCCUGUUUUGUGUGCCAAGGUCUAAAGUGGAGAAGUCGGAUGAAUGCAAGGAACUCCUCUGUGUUGUGCUGCUGUGUCUCAAAGCUUGCACUACCUUCAUGUUUAUCUAGGAGGGCACUGUUUGCACCUGGAAUUCUGUGUGUUGUCUCUUCACCUGUGCAUUGUUCCUAGGCCCAGGGGAUACCCCAGAAUGUUCCCCAGAGUCCUGCAACGAAAGGUAUUUGAGGAUAUAGCCUGGUGUUCACCAACUUAGGCAAAUAAAGGAAAGCUAUCCCUGCUGCUAGAAUUCACAUCAAGUAGCAGUGUGUCCCUGAAGCCUCUGAAACCCUUUUGGGUGAGAGACAGGAAACACCAAGUGUGGCAUUUCAGGCUUGUUAUCUGAGUUACUCUGAGCGUUCUCAGCCACAUAUUUUAUAAAAAGGAAACGACACAUGCAUUUAUGUAUCCAGUACCACGCGGCGCUGCCCUCCCCCUCCGCUAGUGCCGUUCCUCCCGUAAUUUAGAUUUUUUUUCACUGUAGCAUGAAAUAUAUUCAGAUACAUAUUUUAUUUUAUGCAAUAAAUUGUUGAAAGUGCAAGGUGGCUAUUUGAGUACUGUUGAAAUAUGUGACUUCUCAGUGUGCCCCUCACCGCCUCCCCCCACUUUCCUGGAGACUCAGAGCAGGCCUUCUGCAGGGACAGUCGCCCCCACAUGGCCUUCAUGGGCGAGCCAUGCCAACAAUGGCUUCUGACACCUAGGAAGAAGCCCAAGGCGGUACACACAGCCAUGGCGUCUCUCGGGCAUUGGCGAUACAGUCUGAGAGGAUGCGUGCCCUGGACGCCCCCACCCCUGGCGCCACGCCUUCCUGCGGGGCUUGGCCCCCUCCCCCCCAAACCCUCAGGAAGCGUGGUCAGCAGAGGAGGGGCCGUGGGGGAUGAUGUUAAGAGCACAGGAUAAAAAAGCACAACUUGCAGUUAAAAUGCAACUAGAAAAUGAAUUCUAAAUAUUCUCAGUUUUAAUAUUCCUAAUAUUUACAAACAUUCAUUCUUACAAACAAACAGAAAAACCUUCUGUCUUCUGCAGAUGUAAGUGCUGGCUUUUGUGCCAGCAGCAGCCAGUACUCGCGGUGAGUGCUGCACCGAGGUGGCAUGCCCAGGGGCGGAGCCUCUGCUCAGAACGCACUGAUUCCAUGCCCACCAUCCAUGCAGCUUUCGCGCCAAAUCAGCAUGUAUGCACACGUGCACGCGAUGGCGUCUGCCCGUGGGUCUCGGAGGUGACGCUUCCUCUGUGAGGUGCCCUUAAGCUGAGGGCUGGAGAGGCUGGUUGCUGAACCCAAGUCCUAUCUCACCCCAGUCUGCUGGUUUCUGCUUCUCAUCUUGGUAGGUGGGUAGGUCACUGGGCUUUUGUUUGCCUGGAGGACUGGGGUUGUCAUUAUAGGCAGAUGACCCUGUUUGACGUACACUUGAGGGACGCAGUGGAAAUUCGGAGGCUGGACUCAGUCUUGUCCCAGUGGAGCUCAGGGGGCUGUCAGGGCAGAGGUCACCCCGGUCAGAGCUGGCCUUUCCCGCUGUUUUUCAAGUCUGAACUUGAGAGCAGCUGGGACUGCCAUGACCCAAAGCCUCCCCCUUGUCCUCCAGUUGAGACCUCACUUUUGGGGACCCAGGUGGACUGGCCAGGGGAGAGGAUCAUCAUCAAUCCAGAUGUUAAAUCAGGUGACCUCUCCUUCCAGCUCCGACUCAAGACAAGUUGCACAGUCCUUACUUUCCUGCCUGCUCUAAGAAUGAGUGAAGAUUUCCAGCAGGGACUGUGGUGCUGGGAGAAACAUCUGGAGGGAACAAGCACCCCGGAACGCCCCCAGGGACUUCUCUCCCUUGUCCCGGGGGCUUCCAGCAGUGUGAAGCACAAGGCAUGCUGAAUCCCAUCUGUGAGAACACAGUCUUCUGGCACAGAUUUGCUUUUCAGAAAUCCUGGCGGUCCUCACACACUAAAGCAAUCGUUAAUGCAAAAGAGAUUGUGGAACCAAUUUUGCUUUUAAAAGUUGAUCUACUUUUUAUUGAUAAUGAAACCAGACCACCCUCCCAUACCUCAGGCACGCAUGCAAACACACACACACACACACACACACACGGACACAUGUCCAGCCUAUAAGAAUGCCCAACAUAGCAGGGGAGACUAUUUAAAAGUUACAAAAGUUUAUCACAAGGACUGUUCUUUUAUUCACUAAUUUUAGCUCAAACUGACAAGAGAUGAAACAGGAACCAGCAGAAAUGGAGAGGUCGCUUGACACCUGCAUAGGAACUGGGUACACACAUGAGUGAUUCUUGACUUUCUAAGUUUCUCCAUUUGAUCGUCUUUAUCACAAUGAGAAGGACUUAACAGGAGGUGCUUUAGACAGUACCUCUGACCUAGAAGAAUCUGUUCAGAUCACUGAUUCUCCCUCAGAGCCAGUGGUUCCCCUCUGGGACCUGAGUGACUUCCCAUGUUGCACCUGAUUGUUCUCUGUAAGACUCCUAACUGUGUCCUCACACCAGACUUGGGCUGAUCUACAGAGACUGCCAGCGUGCCACCCAUUGCUCCCCUCAAAAGAGAGCCUGCUUGCAGGUGCGUGCUGAGUUGUGCUACUUAGGGAAGCAACACUCAUUCUAGUUGCCUGCCAUGCAUUUUUCUUAGACCGUCCAAAGCUCCACAGUGUAUGAGGGAAAGCUAAACUGGGGAGGGUACUUGGUUCCUGUUCCCCUUUGCUUUUCUUAUCUAAGUGAUUAGAGCCAGUGCUUGGUGCCACUCCUGGGCCCCAGUAACACGGUUGCAGCCCCUCCCCUUGUCUGCACCAGCGGCUGCCCAACCUUUAUGUGCGAGCCUGAGCCCCUCCAGACCUUCCUCUGCUCCCCUUGACUGGGGGCCGCAUCCUCAGUGAAUUUAGGAAGAGCAAGUUGUCAAGGGAAGCUGUCUCCCUUCUGUAAAGUGGGGAAUCACACUCUGUAACGGUGACAGGGGACAGGAGACGUUGCAUUCACCCCAGGUCACAAAGGAGAGGUCUCAGCAGCUGCACUGCCCACAGCAUAAAGCACUCUGCACCAUGCAGUAGCCCACGUUGUCUAGGAAUCCAGAUGUCAUUUACCCUAUGUUAUUUCUACACCCAUAGCGCCGCAUCUCUCACGUUGUUCAGGUUUGUGUCACUGCCAGGGUGGGGCAUUCAUUUGCUUGCUGCUGCUGCUUCUGCCCCCACUGCAGGAGGCUGCUGUCCGGGAGCCUAGGAUGACUUGCUGGGACAGCACCGUCUUCCUUCCUCCUUGGCUUGCCUCCCUCGGCGUGUGCUUGUUUGUGUGCAUCGCGGUAGGAGUCAGAGGAUGUGGAGAGCACAUCCCGGCUGCACGCGCCUGUCGCAGGCGCCCUCUGCUUGCAGAGACCGGCGUGGCAGUUUUCAAGCCACUUAGGCACCCGGUGUUCCCACUGCAGCAGAAAUGGGAACAGAGCCCCCUCCUGCCCUCGAUGCGCCCACCUUUGCUGUGCCUCACUUGCAAUGGUGCUUUCUCAGUUGUCUGUCUUUUCUUAGGUUUUUAUUUGUAAGGUGCUGUACAUAAGUUGAAUAUAUUAUGCACAUAUCCUACCCAAUGGGUAGAACAGCAAAUUGUUCAUACUGUAAAAUAAUGUACAGAUCAUACCAAUUUUAACAGAAAGGGCAUAGAAUUUGUGAAUGCCUAUGUGCUUCGUCCUCUUUUGUAAGGAAAUUUGCAAAUGGAUGCAUACAGAUAAAAGUCUAUGUAGUUUAUUUUCCUAUUAAAUAUCAAUAUUAUAACACAAGGGAAAGAAGUCUGAGCAAGCAACAGUUUAUGACCAGCAUAUAUAUUAGCAAUCCAGAGUUGCGUCUUUGCUGUGAAAACACUUAAAGUCAAUUUGGAAAAGCCCCACGGCUCUGUGGUUGCCACCAGAUGCUUCCGAUUAUAAUCAUGUUCGUUGUGCUCAUUUGGACCAGUGUUUGUUCUGUUUGAGUCCGGGAAAAAUGUGGACUUUUCAGCUUGCUUUUUGAACUCACAGGAUCCCAUGUUGCAGGACAAGCAAGGUGUCCAGCUUCAGUGCAAGGUGCACCUUUUUUGUUGUUAAAACUGUCAACCCUGAGUAACUCUGCCUGCAGCAAGGGGCACUGCUUAGCUACAGGGGCAUUUAUGCCCACGUGGGCCCCAAGUCUCUCUGUGCCUUUUUCCUGUAUGAACUGAAGCUGUGGAGCCAAUGAACUAACAGUAGAGCUGGGAGGGAAAGCCAAGUGCAUUCAAGAGAAGAGCCUGGUCUGAGGAAAAAAAUGUGUAUGGGUUACACAUUUUUAGAUGGGAACUGGCUGCCUGCCAGCCACGUGAAAACUGUCCUGUCCAUUCCUUCUGGUGUCCCCUCGGCAAUCCUCAUCCCUCCAAAACGAGGUUCUGCCAUCGGCCAGAGACGACGCAUUCAGCUGUGUGUUAAGUUACACCUCCCUUCCAGCUCGGUUGUUAGUGUCCGAUUGUGACCACUGUAUUUUCUCCACGUGUUCUAAUAUUUUGUUAAAGGAAGAAAGACUUGUAACACCAUGUUCGUGAAAAGCAGAGUUGAAUCCAGGGCAUGGGGACCCCUGAUUGUUGUCCAUAAAAAUCAGUCCAUAGAAGUUUGCCUGCCAGAUCCCUAUUUGCAGUUUUUAAUUCCCAUAAAUCCCAUGUGUUUUCUUUGCCGUGGCAUAUGUGCCACUUCUGGAACAUCCCAAAAGUCAGACCUGUCACUCCUGCGCUCCUCCGUAAGGUGGAAAGGCCCCCAUGGUGUCACUGUCAGUGCUGAGUGGGUGAGGUCAGCCCUUCUUCCAGAACCCAUCUAAAAGGGCAUUGGAUGACCCUCUCGCAUGGGCAUUGCAUGGGGGCCCCCUCUGCACACCGCAGGGUGCACCCGAGGGACCCAGCAUUAGGACAGAGGUGCGUUACUGUCAGACACGAAGCUCCCUCUACUAAGUUUGACCUCUUGGGAGAACCAGCGAGUGUGAGAAGGUUCUGAGCUGUGUGCCUGUACCAGAGCUGAGGCUUAAACUUCACUGACAGUGAAACCGGCUCAUUUUAACCUGCUUGUUAGCAUACUGCUGUUUUUCAUUCUGUGGCUUUCAAAAAUCACAUUUUCUCAUUGUAUGCUUGUCUAGUUUAAAGCUGUUUUAAAAAUAUGUACAAUACUAUUCACGGCAUUUCGGUCAUUUAAUUUUUAUUGCAAGGCAAUCUAUUAAGAAAGUACAAAUGUAUUUGAAGUUUUCAUUAUCUGUUUGUGAGCUAUGAUAAUCAGAAGUCAUUAAAGUCUUUUUUAAGAACCACUUUGCUUUUCAGCUUGAUUCCCAGUUACAUAGAGAAAGAUUUCCACUGUCGUAUAUCUGCCCCUUUGAACUGAGCGCCGGUACAGAGUUCUGAGGCCUGAGGUCUGUAACAAACACUUUAAAGAAAGAUGUUGCUCUAAAUGCUGUUUUCUUAGUCAUGAAAUCAAGAUUUUUCUGCUUGUUCUUAAUGCUGUGGCCAGACCAUACCACAAAAUCAUUAAAAAUAAACAGUGACAAACAUU